AUGGAGGUGUCUGGAAAGAAACUACAACCAGGACGUUCAAACGGGGACAGGACCUACUGUCAACACUGCAUCCAGGACGGCGAAACCGUUCCAGCAGAGGCCUUCUGUACCGUAUGCAAGGAGGUCCUCUGCUCUACAUGUAUUAAUGCACACAGGAAAUUAAAUAUUACAAAAACACAUGCGCUUCUUAACAAGUCCGAAAUGCCUACGUCAUUGGAUAUGCCUGAAUAUGACGAUGAAUGCACUGAACCUUGUGACGUCCACCCUAAAGAGCUAAUCAAAUACUUUUGCCGCAAUCACCGGUCUCUGAACUGUGGGCAUUGUGUAGUGCAGAAUCAUCGAUCAUGUAUUGUUGAUGUUAUCGCCGACAUAUCCGAGGCUUUCAAAGAUGGUCAGGGGUAUGGCGACAAUAUAAAAACCAUUGUUGAGGUAUUCCAAGCGAUUAAUGAUUAUGCAUAUAAUGUACAGAACAAUAUAAGGCUAGUAGCAGAGAUGGGUGAAAGGGAGGUUUCCAAAUUAAGGCAAUAUCGAGAUGAGAUAAUGGAGGUUCCGGGGAAAAAGCUACAGAGAAAAGCAUCUUCAGUGGACAGAACCUUCUGUCAGCCCUGCUCACAGGAUGGGGACACCCUCCCAGCAGAAGCAUACUGUAACGUAUGUAAGGAGUUCCUCUGCACUACGUGUGUCAAUGCACACAGAAAACUCAAAAUUACUAAAGGUCAUGCACUUCUUGACAAAUCAAAAAUGCCUACUUCAGUGAGUGAUCAGGAAGACGAAGAUGAUUGCACAGAGCCUUGUGAUAUCCAUCCAAAAGAGUUCAUCAAAUAUUUUUGCUCCGACCAUCAGACGCUGAAUUGUGGACACUGUUUAGCAACUGAACACCGUUCGUGCCAUGUUGGUGUUAUAUCCGAUGUAGCCAAGUCUUUUAAAGAAGGCCCGGAGUAUGAUGACAUAACGAAAACAAUCCCAAAAAUAUUACAAGAAAUUACUGAUUAUUCAUAUGACGUCGAGAAAAAUAUUAAGCUAGUAUUAAAGACAGGUGAAAAUGAGUUUGCUAGAAUAAGAAUAUAUCGAGAAGAAGUAAACAAGUACUUCGAAGAACAAGAAAGUUUACUUCUUAAGAUCAUAGACCAAAUGAAAAAUAUGGAUGAAACACUGCUGGACUCUUUGAGACUUAAAAGUGAGGGUCUUAAGUCUAAGUUACAAGAAGUAGCUGCACACAUUGAAGCACAAAAGAACAAUACCCAGUUGUUCAUAGAAGCCAAGAGAGCUAAAAAGCAAUUAGAAAGUAUGAAAAAUGCGCUUGCUGACCUGAUAAAAGAGAAUAAAAUUCACCAUUACGAGUUCAGAAAAGACACAUUCACUGAGAAACUGCUUACAUCAAGCACUGGCCUUGGCACCGUCGAGAGUAUUGUUUCUCCGGAAACGAUUUCGUCAGGUAUUUCCCUCGUGAUUUAUUUUAAAUAUGAGGCAGCAUUUUUUGCACAAACUGCACAAUUUUAG